CUUAAAACAGUUGCGAGUAAUAUUUUUGAUAAUUGCCGCCGGAAAAAUCAAAUGGCUCCCUCCGCUGCCUUCACACAGCGGCUGGCCGCCUCUUCCUCCGCUUUCCGAUUUCCUCUGCUGUUCCGUCAAUUGCGUUCGGACGCCACUCUGGAAGCAAUACGGAAGGCGUCGGAGAACAAAAUCCCCAACUUGGUGCUGUACAAUUACCCCUCAUUCUCCGGCGCAUUUGGAGCGCUUUUCGCACACCUCUACCACUCUCGACUCAACCUCCCUUGCUUCAUCUUGCCUUUCUCCUCCGUUGCGCCCUUCAGCGUUGAUGACUUGUGCAUAGAAGGAAUGAAGACGUGCUACUUUUUAGACUUUUUGGGUCCGAAAGGUUUUCCUUUGGAGCUUUCCAGGCGAACAUCAUCCACGGUCCUUGGUUUUGAUCACCGGAAAUCAGUGCUUUCCCAAAUUUCUUCAAGGGAAGAUUCUGAUCCGAAUAUUUCAAUUCAUGUAAAUAUUGAGAAGAGUAGCUCCACUGCUGUGUAUGAAUAUUUCUCUGCUAAACUCUCAGAUACUAGAUCUUAUCAGAUUGAUAAUAUGAGCCUGCUAAACCAUGAUGACCAAGAACGCAUGGAGAUGAUUCUCAAAUAUGUUGAAGCUGGAGAUCUACGACAAUGGAAUUUACCCAACAUUAAAGCCUUUUAUAUUGGAAUAAGAGAAUUCCGAUCGAAAUUAAACUGCAUCACUAACCCACUCAUGUAUCAACAGUUAACAGAGAUUUGCUCUGAAGACUUGAUCAUCAGGGGAAACACCUAUCUUUCUAAUCGACAGACAGAAGCAAGUAAACUGCUGAAUAAAGUAUUCAGGGUUAAGUUGGGCCGAGGCUUUUAUGGCGAAUGUCUGGGGAUUAGAGCUGAAGGGAAUUCAGAUUUCAGUGAUGAAAUGGGCAAGGAACUUAGCCAAAUGAGUGCAGCAGCUGGGCUAAGGCCAAUUGGAGCAGUCGUUUACAUGCAGAGGAACAAUCUAAAAAUGUGCCUGAGAACUAUAGACAGCGGUACCGAUACAUCCGAAAUUGCUAAGGCAUACGGUGGUGGUGGUUUCCCAAGUUCCAGUUCCUUUAUUAUUCGUAUGGAUGAAUAUAACAAGUGGCGUUCAGCAUUGCCGUCACCAAUAAGAUAAUGCCGUCAGCGAUAAGGAAGUUAGUUGGAACUUACUUUGUCAGUAGUUUCGCUUACUCUCUGAAGUUACUUCCAUGAUUUCAUUGACUAGUGUCAAUCUAAUGGGUUAAUUAUGCGUUGGGGGUUCCAUGUGAUCACUUUUAUGAACUAAAACUUUCUAACACAGAACGGUUUAUAAGUGGUGGUAGACAGUAAAUCGUUUGAAAUAUGACGGUUUGAUUUGUAUUACAACAGCCUUGUUGUUUGGCACUACUUUCAUAUCAAGUGUGAGGAUUAUCUUCUGAGGAUUAAGAGGCUGUGACCUUAUAAUUUAUUAGACAAUUUUGUUUCUUUUUACCGAAAUGUACUUUAACCCCAAAUAUGUAACACAAUUGACCAUGUUUAUACUAACUCUUGAGAUUAAUGAUGAAAAAAGAUUCAAUUACUAGGUCCAUGUGGCCAUCACUUCAGUCUACUAAUGUUUCGGUGAAGAUUAACCUCUGCCUAUGUGUAUUUAUUAGAGAAAUGAUUUGGAGGGAGGAGAGGAAUGUUUCCUUUGAUUUUGGAGUAAUUCCUAAGAUUAGUGACACCAUAUAUGUUCAGUGUAUUUACAUAUAUUAUAACCAGAUUUUAUUCAUUGUGGAUUUCUUAGUUUAAGAUUAUAGCCUUAAUUACGUAUUUUGGAUUUCUUAAUGCAUUUUUCCUCGAAAUUCAAUAUUUCUAUAUCUUGGAUUCUGUCUUGUGAGGAUCGUAGGAUUUUUAGGUUAUAUGAGUGCUGCGUUUUACUUCUUUAAUGAUUGUUAGAUGUGAAUAUUGAAGUGUUUUUAGUUUUUAACUGAUGAAAUCUCAUGGUGAAUUUUCAAUGGAAGGUCAAAUUUGCACAUGAGAAUGAAGUGUAAUAUGGAAAAGAUAACAGGGAGGGAAUGAUGACUAAUUUGAAAGGUUUAGUUGAACCAUGUGUCUCACUAAUGGUCCCAUUUUUACAGCUGGCAAAGACAUGCCGUGAUAUAUGAGAUAGAAUCUUGUAUGAGGAGACCAAGAAAAGUGGGUCAGAAGAAGACAAAAGAUUUACUUCUGGAUUUUCUGUGUUCUUUGGAAGGAAGAUUUCAUUGAAAAGUUUUGAAAAGAUAAAGAGAUCCCACGCUCUGGUGUGGAUUCAGAGUAUAGAGCUAUGACUAUCUGUAUGUGAGAUCAUGAAUGUACAUUGGUUUCUGUAUGUGAAGUGGGUUUGAAUGUUUGAAUACAAGCUAAUAUGUGAAUCAGGCUGCAAUUCACAUUGCAUCUAA